AUGGCAAUUCUUUCAGAUUAUCAAGAAGAAAAUCAAGACCAAACCAUGGAGAUUAUUGAGAAAGAACAAGAAAAUUCUUCUACUUUAGCCCCCAAAGAAGAAGAGCAUUCAUCUUCAACCCCAAAAGAAGAGAAACUUAAGCCAAAUAAGUCCAAUGGACUUGAUAUGGAGAAUUAUUCAUGGGGACAAUCUCUUCAAGAAGUUACCAUCAAUGUCCCUGUUCCUCCAGGUACAAAAUCAAGAUUCAUAAUUGUGGAAUUCAAGACCAAUACUCUCAAAGUUGGACUAAAAAACCAACCACUAAUAUUAGAUGGUGAAUAUUUCAAGGGAGUUAAAGUUGAUGAAUGUUAUUGGAGUUUAGAAGAUCAAAAAGAGAUAUCAAUUCUUUUAACAAAACAAAACAAAUCUGAUUGGUGGAAAAGUUUAUUCAAAGGUGGACAAGAAAUUGACACACAAAAAGUUGAGCCAGAACCAAGUAAAUUGUCUGAUUUGGACACAGAAACAAGAGCAGCAGUUGAAAAAAUGAUGUUUGAUCAAAGACAAAAACAAAUGGGACUUCCAUCAAGUGAGGAGAUUAAGAAUCAAGAUAUGCUUAAACAAUUUAUGGAACAAAAUCCUGAUAUGGCUAAGAAUUUUGGUAAUGCUAAGAUGAUGAUGCCAAAUUCUAGGAUGAUGGAAUAG